UCCCUCCCUUCUACGUUACGCGAUUCCUUCGAACGUUUAUACGAUUAACGUACGCGUUUCUUUGAAUAAUAUGUAAUAAUGCUAAUUCGAUGUCAUUUCGUCACCGCGUAACACUGUUCACUUGGUAAAAGAUUACGCGGACUGAGGGGACUGAGGAACGGCCUCCGCGGGAAAGAAAGAUGGAGCUAGUGUUUUCCAUACAAUUUUACCGCCUUUACCGGUGUACCGCAUAAACUCAAGUACGCAAAACACGUCCGUCAGAAACAGUGCUAAGGCCAACGUAAUUUAUUUGAUUGAAUUCGGCGUGAAUCCAGAUCGAGAAUGGUUCAUAAAACCGGAGAAACGGCUAAUUCUUUGACGUCACCGGGGGAGGAGAAACUGCAGGUGUACGUUAGAAAACAAGCACAGUGUAAGAAUCUUUCGGAGAAGUUCAUACAGACGAAAAAUAAUUACUCAAAACAAUUCGCUCACAUCUACUCUGCCAGACUUGGUGAGCUGAGAGACGUAUUGAUUCCUCGUGUUCGAGCUAAAUGGGGCAAAGUGCCGAUCGUAAAGUUGGCCGAGUUAGAAAAUUUGGAAGGCGAGGAAUGCGUGUUGAUUGGAACGCUGUACAAACACCAGCUGUGGAAGCCUUCGAUUUUGAGAGAACUGAGCGACGAUCAUCAGCUUAUGUUUCCUUCCUCCAGAUCGGAUUAUUGCUCGGAAGAUGAUCUACCGUUUUUAGAAGAUGAAAUGCUGCGUAUUAAAUUGAUAGGCGAGAAAGUGAACUUGAAAGAGAUAGUCACCGGGGUGGUUUGUGCGAUCUUAGGCAAUGAGAACAGUGAUGGAACGUUCACGGUGAAAGAAUGGUGUUUUCCGGGAUGCGUGGCGAAAGAAUCUUUAAAAGAAUCUACGGCCAAAGGGAAUUUGGUAAUCGUCUCUGGAUUAGACUUGUCUAACAGCCAUAUGAGUUUAGAAGUAUCCCUUUUCGUAGAGUGGCUGUCUGGAAUGGCUGGUGCUGCGACGGUACAAAAAGAUAACACUUCCAUCGUUCGUCUUAUCAUAGCAGGUAAUACUGUAAGUGGAAACGGUACACAAUCGGCAACAGUUGCAGCUGCAAAUAAUGGGGAGAUAUUAAAAACUGUGGAUUCUUUCCUAAGCAAUAUAGCAAUGCAUUGUUUCGUCAGUUUGAUGCCAGGGGAACACGAUCCCACUAAUAUCAUGCUACCUCAAAGGCCACUGCAUCCUUGCCUGCUGCCAAAAUCCACCAGAUUAGAAAGCUUCAAGUGUGUCACGAAUCCAUGGAUUGGAAAAAUCGAGGACAGAGUGAUCGUCGGUACCAGUGGUCAAUCGGUACAAGAUAUAAUUAAAGCAACAGGUGAUACUGUUACUUCGCCACUCGAAUGGCUGGAGAAGACGUUAUUAUGGAGACAUCUGUGCCCGACCGCUCCGGAUACAUUAUUAGCCUGCCCGUAUUACGAACAAGAUCUGUUCAUUAUGAAAGAAUGUCCAGAUAUAUAUUUCGUGGGCAACGCGGAAAAGUUCGAAACGAAACUGUGGAAAGGCGAGGAGAAUCAAACUGUUAGACUGGUGUCCGUCCCAAAUUUCAGUAAUACUCAUACUGCCGCGAUAAUAAACUUGGAGAAUCUGGACGCUCGAUUCGUUUCUUUUCACGGUUAAAACGUCUUUUAUACGCUAUUAUAUUUUUAUACCUGUAUAUAAAAUUUUGAUACAAGUUUGUAUGUACGAAUAAAAUGAUAUUGAUAAAUAGAUAAACGAUCGUGUCAAUAAGGAAUAAUGCACCCGUGUUACAUUGAAAAUGAACGCAAGCAAAAACGUGUUCCAUUACUGCCUGUUUAUUUUCAUUCAAAAUGUGGUGUACAAAAUCUAAGCGCAUAACUUUUAAAUAUAGGUAUGUUCGACUAAAUAUAAAAUAUGUGAUAAGAAAGAAAUUACAUGUAGUAUCACAGAUCUGUUAGAGAAUUAUGAAAUCACAGUGACAUGAGAUUUUGAACAUGUAACUUGUUACUUAAAUAAAUAUGAAUUUAUGCUUUAUAAAUUAUAAAUAAUAAUAAGAACGUAACAGUCAAAAUGCAGGGUACGAAUUACAUGAUUGCCUUCCGUGUCUCGUUUAUUUUCUGCGACGACUAAAACAAACCAAGUGCCAUUAUCCCUUUACAACUUCAACUUCUUACCUGUGUAAUGAUAUGUAAAAAUAUUAAAUGAAGAAUAUGAUCACGCGCGUGUUCAAACGUCACGAGGUAAACUGCUUUUGACUGUUACAUGUGUAUGUGAGAUGCAGAAAUCAUGUAAAGUCGAUUGAA